AUGGCGAGCAAAAAUCAGACACUGGAUGCUGAUUCAACUUCGAAAGCUUCAAGAGCGGAUGCUAUGAUGGUCGAAACCAGUAUCAAAUCCCCCAAGCCGAAUGUUUGUGCUCUUCUCGAUGAAAUUCCCAGAGGAACCAAUAAAAAAUCAGAGAUUCGCGAUGAAAUCUGGCGACUCAUCUUUGUCAAACCGGUUGCGAUCGUCCUAAGAGUUCGCAAACGAGAGUACCUAUUUGCAACAGGGUGUGAAGCCGAAGGUCACAAGCAUUGUAGGUUGCAACGAAAAUACAGUUACAGCUGGGCCCAGGCGCCAGUUCCAGAGACCUAUUUUGGUGGUAACACCAUUAGUCGAGAAAUCACAUGGACCACAAACCCUACCCGCGAGCAACUCGAGCUUAUUCAAAGUGGAGUCAAAGAAUUCACGAUCGAUGAUUCCCCGGAGCCUGGUCAGCAGAUUAAGUGUGCUGUACAUAAUCGAGAUGGAUUUGGUCCUCAAAUCAUAAACAAGACCGAAUUUCAAAUCCACCCGUUUGGUCGUUCUGUCAGUAUCAUUCGAGUAUGCAAACAAAUGGAGCAAGAGUGCACUGCAAUUCUUUACGGAGAGAACAAAUAUGAGUUUGAUUUAUCAUACUGUCAUAAGAAGCACCUGCUGAAGACACCAUGGGAUAUUCCUGGUUUUCCGCUGUUUGAGGAAUUGCCCAGUAAAGCCACUAUCAAUAUCGCUGUAGAGAGGCUUUUUGACCUGGAAUGCUAUCACCCCGCGUUCAUUGCAAAAGAUCCAUUCGUUCGUUUUAUAGCAUACAUUGAACGAAAGAAUGUUUCACUCUUGAGAGACAUCAAGUUUGAUGGAGAAUUCACGCCCACUCUUAGGACACGCCGCGAAAAGAACACGGCGCUCGGGCUUGGAGCAAUUUUGCCUAUGUAUACGCUCAUCAUAGCAGAGGUCUGUCCCAGAAUACGCAAGCUCACCUUGCAUCAGCGCCCCCUCGCCUUUGACUACUACAAUAGAACUGGUGAAAAGGAAAAAGAAAUGGGGUAUGACUACGGUAAGAUGUAUAGUAUUGUAGGUAAAGUGGUUUUCGGUUUACCGAAUCUCCAGCAACUUCAACUAGGCGCUUACUCCCAACCUCCAAUUGCUUGUUAUCCAUCUGGUCGCUUUGCAGAUCAUAGAUGCGAGUGGGGAAAGUCUAUUGAAUGGAUGAAGUUUGUCGACGAGCGAUCUGUCAAUCAGCUAUUUACACCAUUUACUACACCAAACAGUUUACUGAAUAAUGGUGUCGGGCAAGCUCAUGUUCCAAUCCGGAGUGGUAUUUAUAGUCGCUACAAAGAUUUGCGAGAACACGAACGUCCAGGUAGUUACGGUACCAGCUUUUGCACCUGGACUGUCACCCUUUGCCCAUCCCAAACUAAUCCAGGCUCUACUGGAAAAUUGCCAAGGGAUAGUGAUCAUCGAAAAGACGGAUAUGGAUCAUUGCCAGAAAUGUCUGAUGAUGAGUGGAAAUGUUCGGAUGCACAUGGUGGUAUCAGACGUGAUCACGGGCGAAUUUUGAACAUUUCGACAAAGGUGGACGGAGUAGGUGCACCUCGUACCUGGAUCCCUGGUCAACGCGUGAAGAAAUGGUGGCACUAA